AUGUUGAUAAUUCAAGAAUUUGGUACUCUUAUUGGUCGAACACCUCUUGUCUAUCUCAACAAAGUUACCGAGGAUUGUGGCGCUUAUGUAGCCGUGAAGCAAGAAAUGAUGCAGCCUACUUCCAGCAUCAAAGACAGACCGGCAUAUGCAAUGAUCACAGAUGCUGAGAAAAAAGGCCUUAUCACACCCGGAAAAACGAUAUUAAUCGAGCCCACAUCAGGCAACAUGGGAAUCAGCAUGGCAUUUAUGGCGGCUUUGAAAGGUUACAAGAUGGUUCUGACUAUGCCGUCUUACACGAGCCUCGAAAGACGGGUCACAAUGAGAGCUUUCGGAGCCAAUUUAAUUGUCACUGACCCAACUAAAGGAAUGGAAGGCACUGUUAAAAAGGCUUAUCAACUUUUGGAAUCCACACCGAACGCCUUUAUGCUUCAGCAGUUUUCGAACCCUGCUAAUACUCAGGUGCAUUUUGAGACAACUGGUCCAGAGAUAUGGGAGGAUACUAAUGGUGAAGUCGACAUUUUUAUUAUGGGGAUUGGAAGUGGAGGCACAGUUUCUGGUGUGGGACAAUAUCUGAAAUCCAAGAAUCCUAAUGUUAAGAUAUAUGGACUCGAGCCAGAGGAAAGCAAUGUUCUAAAUGGCGGCAAACCAGGCCCUCAUCACAUAACUGGAAAUGGAGUUGGAUUCAAACCGGACAUUCUUGAUAUGGAUGUCAUGGAAGAAGUUCUUACCGUUUCUAGUGAAGAUGCUGUGAACAUGGCCAGACAAUUGGCACUGAAGGAGGGUCUCAUGGUGGGAAUUUCAUCUGGAGCUAACACGGUUGCGGCUCUUAGACUUGCCAAAAGGCCAGAAAACAAGGGCAAACUCAUUGUGACCGUUCAUCCGAGCUUUGGCGAACGAUACCUCUCAUCCGUCUUGUUUCAAGAGUUGAGGAGAGAAGCUGAGGAAAUGCAGCCUGUCCCAGUUGAUUAAGUGUUAGUAACAAUAUCUUUGGAAGAUAGUUUCCUUUGUGCAUGAAGAAGAAUUUGAAUUUGUUCACUUGGUGUAAGUAAUUUGUUGUUCCAUGUAAUAAUAUCGAACACAGCAUGAAGCAUGAAAUUUGUCAAACUUUCAAAAUGUGUUAUGGAAUGGUAAAGGCAGAAUAAAGAAAAUAAAAGAAAGAUAAAAUCAUGAUGUCUUGUGAAUCAAUUCUAAUGUGAUACGAGUAUGAUUAUGACUUUAAAUUGUAUUAUUACCACAAUUAUUGCAGCAUAUAUCACAAUGGUGAUUGGUGGAGGUCCAUGUUGGGAUGGGACAUUCACACAGUAUUUUUCCAUAAGAAUUCAAGCAUCCAAAUUUAUUAUAAAUCAAGUUAAACUAUUCUUAUGUAUGUAUGGACAAUCUCCUUACUUAUUGUACUUGAUUUCUCAAUAUUUUCUUCCCCAAUUUUUCUAAUGGCCAAUUUAAGUAUACAUAUGAAGUUGGAAUUGAA